CGAGCCUCCUUUCAUCACCAUUUCAUCAAUACAAGCGUCUACACAACUCUCCAAAUACGUUUUGCAAUCAAACAAAACUAAGCUAUCGAGAGAUGGAAGGCAAAACUUUGAUCCUAAGUGUGUUCGUAGUGAGUCUAUUCAUGGCACAUUUUCAAGUUAACGCAAAGAGCUGUUGUCCUUCUACCAAUGCUAGGAACAUCUAUAAUGCUUGCCGCUUAAUGGGAACUUCCAGACCAAUAUGUGCAAGUCUCAGUGGCUGCAAAAUCGUCAAUGGGUCAUGUCCUGGAGGAUAUCCUAAAGACAUUCUCGAAAACACAGGUGAUGUUGUCAAUGAAUACUGCAAGCUUGGGUGUGUAUCCUCUGUGUGCAGUGUUUUAACCACUAUCCAAAAUUCCGAUGCAAGUGAAAUUGUUAAGGGAGCAGCUGAAAAAUGUGCCAUAACAUGUUCUACAGUGUGCGCCAAGGGUUCCAUGAAUGCAGUUGAAACUGCCUAGACAAAUAAGAUACCUCGUGCAUAUGGAGGAUAAGUGGUAGUUAUCUUUCAUGUUUCAAUAAUUGUCAAAUAUGUGACAAAAAAAUACUAAGACUCUAUUUUAAAUAAUUAUUGUUAUUUCAAGUUUGUGUAUGUUCGAAGAAGGUCUGGUCGAUCUCUAGAUUGUAUGUCUUCUAUCCCUUAUAUUUCAAAUAAAUAAUGAUUGAGAGUUUAUAUAUCGA